AUGAUCGACGGGAAAUGUCAAAUUUGUCAAAACGCGGGAUGUCAAAUCUCUCCGUCGUACGGUCGUGCGCCAGAUCUCGUCAUCUCGACUCGUCAGCACGGCCUAUAUAAGCUCAGCAAGCACAAGACCCGUCUCACAGACGAGAUGGCAGCUAUCCUGAGCGAGUCUGUCGAGCUCAACUGCGGCCUCGUGCUGCCUAACCGACUCUGCAAAGCUGCAAUGGCAGAGAUGCUCGGCAGGGCAGGUGGCUCGAACCCGACUUACAAGUUGCUCAAGCUAUACGAAGAAUGGCAGAAGGGUGACUGGGGCUUGAUACUGACCGGCAACGUCAUGGUCGAUCCUCGCUUCUUGGGUACUCCCUGCGAUAUCAUCGUGCCUGAGGACGCACUGGAGGAUGCAAAGACGUUGAAGCUCUGGAAGAAUUACGCUAUUGCUUGCAAAGGCAAAGACGGCAGAACGCCUGCGAUUGUGCAGCUCAAUCAUACAGGCAGACAAUCAGGCCGAGGCAUGGGUCGACCGCGCAGUGAACCCUCGCUCGGUCCUUCUGAUCAGCCUCUCAAACUGAAAGGAUCAGAAGGAUGGAUCGCUUCGACCAUGUCUUCGCUCGCUUUCAAUACCCCUCGUGCGAUGACCUUUGACGACAUCAAGCUCGUCAUUGAGCAAUUCAAGCGCGCUGCCUUGCUCGCGCACCGCUCAGGCUUCGAUGGCGUUCAGGUCCACUGUAGUCACGGCUAUCUCCUCUCGCAAUUUCAUUCGCCCGACGUCAACACCCGAACGGAUGCAUACGGGGGCGACAAUAGAGGACGCUCAAAGUUGCUGCACGAGAUCAUCGAUGCCAUCCGUAGCGUGACGCCUUCGAGCUUUUGCGUCUCCGUCAAACUCAACUCGUCCGACUAUGUCGCUGGCGGUAUGACGGAAGAAGAUGCGCUGGAGAUGACCGGCUGGCUUGCCGAACGAGGCGAUGUCGACUUGCUCGAGGUCUCGGGCGGUACCUAUCAGAAUGCAGAGAUGCUCAGAGAUGAUAACGAGCAGAGUGAACGGGACGCUCGCAAGCAAUCCGUCAAAAAGGUCGAACAAGAUCAAGGCGAUGGCUCGAUUGCGAAAGCGGGCAGCAAACGCGAAGCAUUCUUUACCGAGUUUGCCAAACGCGCAAAGCCUACCGUCGAGAAGCUCAAGCCUGCCCAUGCUCGUCUACCGAUGCGUAUCAUGGUCACCGGGGGCUUCCGAACGAGACCGGCCAUCGCAGGUGCUAUUGAGGACGGCGCGUGCGAUAUCGUAGGACUCGGACGACCUGCUUGCGUCGUGCCCGAUCUCCCCCGCUACAUGCUCGACGCCUCUCUGUCCGACGAGAAUGCUCGAGCCCCAAGGUACAGCGUUCGGGGUACUUUCCUGAUCAAGCUCGUUCCCCUCAACGUCAUCGGUCCGGGCAUCAAUACCCUCUGGCACGACCUGCAGCUCUUCCGGAUCGCUGGAGGCAAGAAGACUGUUCCGCAGCGCAAUCUGGUCAGUCUCACGACAUUGCUAUGA